UGUGAUGUUUAGGGGUCCAGUCUGGUCCAGCCACACAGACCUGCGCCUGGAACAGCAGGAAAAACUUCAGCAGAGACUUGUCUUCUGAUAACGAGCUCUACACACUGUUCUCCAGGUUCGGAUUAGGAGCGGAGCACUUCUGGAAGCGCGUGAACAUGGACGAUCUAGACGCAUUGCUUGCAGAUCUCGAGUCUUCCACCGCCCAUAUCUCCAAGUGCCCAGUUUUUCUUCCUGAGGAGACACCAUAUUCCUACCCCACCGGAGGGCACCUUUUUCAGGAUGACUCCCCUCCUCCACCCCUGCCCCCUCCACCCUCAGCUGAGGCCUUGAACGGAUCGCUCUCACCGCGGCCGGACUCCCAGGACUCCUCACAACAGUCUCUGGGCUCUGCUCAUAAAAGCACGUUGUCUCGGGACAGCAGUCCACCAGCAUCGCAUACGGAAGAAGACCACGUUUACAGUUUUCCUAACAAGCAGAAGCAUUCAGACUCAUCGGCUGCAGCCAUGACUUCUGCUCUGGGCAGCAACCUGUCUGAACUGGACCGCCUUCUUCUGGAACUCAAUGCUGUACAGCAAAACGCCCCAUCUUACUGCACUACAGAAGAUGCUGCACCUCCACUGCCACCCUGUAGUGUUGCCCACUAUAUCCAAGAGAAUGGAGCCCACCCAGGCAUCACACUGACACCGACAGCCCAGGACAAGCCUCAGAGGAAUGGAACGAAGGGGACAGAAGAUGGCCGUCCCACAGUGGAAAGUCUUCUGAAUGAGUUGGAGAGCUCUGUGCCUUCCCCAACGCCCAGCCCCUGUGCUCUGACGAACGAAUUGACGGACGGGCAAGUAGACGCACCUUCUGAUCAGCAGGGCAGAAUAUCAGCCACCUCCGCUACACGAGAACUGGAUGAGCUCAUGGCCUGCCUGUCAGAUUUUAAGGUGCAGAGCAAUCCAAGUUCUUUGGGCUCCCUGAACUGUGAGCCAAUGUUUGAGCAAACUACUACCAUUGCUGAAAUCCACUCUCCUCCUACAACUGCUGUGUCCAAAUCCCUGUCCCAUAACCUCCCAGCGGAACCAAGCCGAUAUUCCCCAAGCCAUCCUUUAAACUUUGAACUGCACAUUGUUGAGGAUUCUGCUGAAACGGGGGCUGCGCCUCCACCGUCCAGUGUUGUCCCAAAGCCUUCCUCUCGACUGUCUCCACCUGUGGCAUUCGGCCCUCAUUUUUCUCCAGUGCAUGACUUGGACUUGGAUUCUUCCAUUGAUGUUUCUGCUUCCCUGCUCUCCUCCCACGUGGAAUCGCUAGUGGUUCUGUCACAGACUGUAACCACAACUGCCGCACCUGGAGGUGAAGACCUUUGUGGUCUUAGGGAGGAAAGUCCUUCUGCAAAAUUGACAAGCUCUAGGCUGAAGUCCUGUUCGCCUAUCACCAAGUCUCCUAGUCCAGCAAGUGCCUCAGUGGUCAGCAUAACCAAUGAAAGAGUUAGUCCAUUGAUGACACCAGCAUCUAUUGAUUUGUAUCUCUCCAGCUCUGAAGCAAAACCUAUAAGUCCAGUGCCAUCUUUUUCCAGAUCUCCACUUCCUACAGUCUCUGAGUCACCAUCUCUGUCUCUUCCCAAAGCUGUUUCACCCCCUCUAAUCCUAUCCUCUUCCCCAUCUGUAGUGGUUCCCAAGUCUCCAAGCCCAAAACAAUCAUCAGGACAGCCUGAUCCGGCUGUUUCUCUCAAACCCAUUCCUUCCACUGGGCUUGAACCACCAACCUAUGAGCCAUCUCUUGAUGAUGCCUUGGAUAAACUUCUUGCCAUGAGCUUCAGCAGGCCUGAGAAUGAGUCCCCAAUCACAGCAUCAGCGGCCUCACAGCUCGCUUCGGAAGUACAACCAGAAGUCUACGAGGAGACGUUAGUAGCAGCAGAUCGCAGCAACAUUCAUCCUGACACUCACACAGAAAGUGAAAUGGGAGAUGGGCUCUUGGAGGAUCAGUCAGACUGCAGGAGUGAUCUUGACUGGGCUGACAUGGAACUAAAGAUGGCCUACGAAGGACCUGAUGGCUCCAUGACCCCCAUGACCGAGGCAAGCUGGAUGGAUGAGUCUCUCACUCCGUCGUCUUGCCCUGGAACCCCAGAUGCCCAAAUGGACCUUCCCAUGCUGCAUAUGGCUGGAACGCUGGACAGGAUCUCAGCCUCUGGACACAUCAAAUCAGUGAUUAGACGUACCAAGGAGAUUCAAAACGUCCACCCCAUGUACCGAGAUGGCCUGAUACGUAGGAAGAUGGGCCCCCUCAUUUUCCACAAGAGCAACUCCCAGGACCGACUCAUUGAGGAACUGCAAGGCAAGCUGGGAAUUGCCCGUAAGGAUCGUCCAAAAAAGCAACAGCCAGAUGACUGGCUCACAGAAGGCGUCAUUGUCAUGUCCAACCCCAAACGCUCACGGGAAGACCACAUCAAGGAAGUGGAUAAGAUAAUCAUACCUCCUGAGUCUCCUCUUCCUCAGAGGAAGGUGAUCCCACCUCCCCAGUCUCUCCCGAUCCCUCGUCCCCCGCCCCUUGCUGAAGAACCGAAGCGCCCCCCUCCGGUCAAAUUAGCUCCUGCCCCUUUGCCUCCACCCCCACCACCUGCCCCCUCCCCACCUCCAAGAGAACCCACACCUCCCCCUCCUCCCCAGCCAAGUCUGCCUCCAGUUCCACCCAAGCCCCCGACCCCUGAACCUGUGGUAGUUCUAGCUCCCUCCCCAAAGCCCAACCCUGCACCCCAACACAUACCCACCCCACCACCUGCCCCUGUGGCCCCGCCCAAAGUGCUGGUGUCAGUUGGCUGCCAGACGGAGUAUGACCCGCUCUUCCCUCCACUGCAGAUUAUGGCCCAGGGGAAGGGUCCACAACCACAGGUUAAUAAACUGGACAACAUGCUGGGCAGUCUUCAGUCUGACCUCCACAAGCUGGGAGUGCAGACAGUUGCUAAGGGAGUGUGUGGCGCCUGCUGCAAACCCAUUGUUGGCCAGGUGGUAACUGCUAUGGGGCGCACAUGGCAUCCAGAGCAUUUUGUGUGCACACACUGCCAGGAGGAGAUUGGUUCCAGAAACUUCUUUGAGAGGGAAGGUCAGCCAUACUGUGAGAGAGAUUACCACCAUUUAUUCUCUCCACGCUGCUACUACUGUAACGGACCCAUACUAGAUAAAGUGGUAACGGCGUUAGACAGGACGUGGCAUCCUGAGCACUUUUUCUGUGCCCAGUGUGGGGCGUUCUUUGGUCCUGAAGGAUUUCAUGAGAAGGAUGGGAAGGCGUACUGUCGUAAAGACUACUUUGACCUGUUUGCUCCUAAAUGUGGAGGUUGUGCUCGUGCCAUCCUGGAGAAUUACAUCUCUGCCCUGAGUGCCCUCUGGCAUCCAGAGUGUUUUGUGUGCAGGGAGUGUUUCACACCCUUCGUCAAUGGCAGUUUCUUUGAGCACGACGGUCAGCCAUACUGUGAGGUUCAUUAUCACGCCCGCCGCGGGUCGCUGUGUUCCGGCUGUCAGAAACCCAUCACGGGCCGCUGCAUCACAGCCAUGGGCAAGAAGUUUCAUCCUGAGCAUUUUGUCUGUGCCUUCUGCCUCAAGCAGCUCAACAAGGGCACCUUCAAAGAGCAAAACGACAAGCCUUACUGCCAGGGCUGCUUCAUUAAGCUCUUCAGCUAGAAAGAUGCCUGACUGACUGACUGACUGACUGAGUGUGUGUGAGUCUGCAUGUUGUAUUGUUUGCCUGUUUUGUGUGUGUGUGUGUGUGUGUGUGUGUGUGUGUGUGUUUGUUAUUCAGGUUUAUGUGUCUGACUCUUGACAUCCCCACAUGACGUUGCUGGUCAGGUUAAAACGAUGGUGCCAUGAUACGUGCUCUCAAAAGCCAGGUUGUUUUUAGAGGGUAUUAGAGGAAAGUUCAGGUGAGUUAUUUGGAGUAAGUUUGUGAAUGUUUUCUGCUCACUGGAUGAGCUGGAGAGAAACUGUUUGGUGACAAGAACGGUUGAGGGGGGAUGAUGGGAAACGUGCGCAGCAUGAACGUAUGAGACACAAUCAACAGAGAGAAACGAAACAACAAAUAACUCAAUGACUGGAAAUCAAAUGAAUAACCAACUGGAGCCAGUAAUUACUGGUGAAUCUCAUAAACAAAUUUCCAGGUCAUAUAUCAGUCCUAAACCAAAAGGGAAGAUAAAAAUUAUAUUUUGCAUUAAUAACAUUUAAGCCAUUUUAAGAAUGUUAAAAAAAAGUUUCCAGUGUGACAUUAUUUUCUGACAAAUUAAACACAUUUCUACCAUAUUUUCCAUUAUUGUGAUAAAAAAGAAAAAUAUUUUUAUUGUAAUUAAAAAAUUCUUUCUAAUAACAAUUAUUAUUAUUAUUAAUAAUAAUAUUAUUAUUUUACCUUGUAUUAAACACAGUAAAAAAAUAUAUAUUAUAAUGUAUAAAUCAUUCAAUGGGCUGCAUUUCUUUUUACGCAAAAAAAUAAUUUAUUGUUUUUCAUAUUUUUGGCUGAAAUAUGACCCAUAUAUGUUCUUGACUUUUGUUUGUGAGCUUCACCCAGCUAUGAAAAUGUCUAUUUGCUGCGUUUGCAUUAGGGCUGUCAAACGAUUAAUCGUGAUUAAUCACGAUUGAUUGCAUACAAAAUACAAGUUUUGCCUAAUAUGUGUGUGCAUACUGUGUGUAAUUAUUAUGCAUAUAUAAAUACACACAAAUAAUGUAUAUAUUUAAGAGAAAUAUGUUAUGUACAAAAUAUUUUUAUUUAUAUGUAAUAUAAAUCAUAUAAAAAUUCUAAUAAAUACAUAUUAUUGUGUUUAUAUAUACAUUAUAAUUACACACAGUACACACAUAUAUUAGGCAAACUCAAACUUUUAUUUUGUGUGCGAUUAAUCGCGAUUAAUCAUUUGACAGCCCUAGUUUGCAUCAUUUUAGCAUGAAAUUUCACCUCAAAGAAUUGCUUCUUUUAGUGCCUUGUUUUGUAUUACAAAUUUAAGUGAAUUUAAAAGACCCAAAGUAUACCAAACGUAGUUUUGCAUACAAAAUAUAAUAUGAAGUUUCUAAUCUGUGUUGAAAUUGCAAUUGGGAGACUGAGGUUCAGAUUAUUCCUCAUGAAGUCUGUACAGCAACUUGUAUUGAUGAGUUAUUAAUUAUUACUGACAUCUGGAACCCAUAGAUAUGAAUGUAUCCUACUGUUAAUCGCUCACUUCUGUUGGCGUCUGCGUGGGAGUUUGUGGGAUUUGUGGGAGUUUAUGCAUCUCAUCUCAUAGUAUUAUUUUAUUAAAAGAAUAUAUGGGAUUAAAUACAGAAAAUCAUUUCUACUUGUUCUUUAAUUUUUUGAAUCAAAGUAUAACCAUGACAUUUCCACUGUAAACACAUAUUUCCUUCAUUUUUACACUGAUAAAUCAAAACUGUAUUAUCUAGUGUCAAUAGAGUUUUGAUUUUUUUUUUUUUUUUUUAACCCAGAAUAUUCCUCUGAAGGAACCAGUCACAUAUGGGAAAUGUUUUGUUGUAAGAAUGAUUGGCUAUUUAGGUUUUAUUCACAAAAGAGUCACUACAUAACCACUGUCGAGUAAAAUGAUCCACUUAGAGGGAUAGUUCACCCAAAACAAUGAAAAUUUGCUGAAAAUGAUGGAGGUGAGUUUGUUUUUUCCUUCAUCAGAUUAGGAGAAAUGUAGCAUUCACCAAUGGAACCUUUGCAGUGAAUGGGUGCCGUCAGAAUGAGAGUCCAAACUGCUGAUAAAAACAUCACAAUAAACCACAAGUAAUCCACACCACUCCAGUCCAUCAGUUAACAUAUUAAGGAACCAAAAGGUAUGAGUUGUUAAGAAACAAACCCAUUAUUAAGGUAUUUUGCUUGUGGUCAAAAUAUCAGUUCAUAAUCCAUAAUAACACUUCCACCAGUGGAAAAGUCCAUCUACACACAUGUAUUUGUUUAGAGCUCUUAUGGCUGCAGAUUUUUCUCCUGAUUCAGACCAGACUACUUUUUCACUGUAGAAAGCAUAUUAUAGAUUAUAGACCCAUAUUUUACCCAAACGCAAUGGUUUGAAGUUAAAAAUGCUUUAGUAACAGAUUUUUUUUCCUACAAACAUGCAGCUUUUUGCUUCUCAGGAUGUUAAUUGAUGGACUGGAGUGGUGUGGAUUACUUGUGGAUUAUUGUGAUGUUUUUAUCAGCUGUUUGGACUCUCAAUCUGACGGCACCCAUUCACUAUCCAUUGGUGAGCAAGUCAUGCAGUGUUACAUUUCUCCAAAUCCGAUGAAGAAACAAACUCAUCUACAUGAGGGUGAGUGAACUGUAGCAAGUUUUAAUUUCUGGGUGAACUGUUACUUAUGUGAUAUUAUUCAUCUAAAUAGCUGUGACAAUAUUCUGCAGUUCUCAACCCUUGAAUUCAAUAUAUGAUUUGAUUGGAAAUGAUGUUGUCUUGCUCACUCUCAGAGAUAAUUCUAGACAAUAUUGUAACUGCUGUAUUAUGAUAUUGUGAUAUACUAUACUAAUUAUUUUCUCUCUCUUUUAUUGUUUUUUUGCAUGAAAGUCUUAAGUGUCUUUCAGUCAUUUUAAAGGGCGAGUUUUGAAAACUCAUCACGAUGUUACGAAGGGGUGAAUUGAUGAAGACUUUCGUAUAUUUUUCGAAAUGUGUUGUCACUGGAAUGGAAGUGAUUUUCAGAUCAAGAAUAUUAAAUAUAUACAGUCCCUGGUGUCUGAUGAAUCGGUGUGGCUUUCUGGAUGCCUGUCAUCAAAAGAUUGCAAAUAUGAUUUGUUGGAUUUAGUAGACAAAUAUACCAGCAAGUGUUUAUUAUAUGAAAGCUUUUAUAUGACCCGAUGUGCCAGAGAUCUGUACGUGUCAUUCUGUCUCAUCCGCUGUUGAGAAAACACUACUUUGAAAGUAGAAGAUACUUGUUUUAUUAAAUUCACUUUGAAUAUGCCUUCUUUGAUAACUCAAUUGUAAUAAUCUGUCGCUGUUUGUUUUGCUCCUAAUCGCUAUGUGCCAAAAUGAAGGUGUGGUGGAAAUAUAGGGAUCAUAUGAUACCCUUAUGUGUGUUAAUCACUCAUUUACACUGGUCGAAUGUUGUGCCUAUGUUUAUUUUGAGAUUUUCUAUCAUAUAAAUUGAUCUGACGCUUUUCUAUUUCUGUUCAUAAAUCAUUAUUUUAGUUUCCCUUUACAAAUAUUAUCAUUUACCCAAUGUGAAAACAACUAUGCAUUUUUUUUCUCCUGUAACACUGUCACUUUUUGUUCUGUGAGUAUUGGUUACUGUUUCAAUUCAUGCAAUUAUAUACAAAUAAAUUUGGUGUUUUAGUGCACUGAA